AUAGUACUUCUGUCAGUUUUGGGAGUGGGCUGGAGUUGAGGCGAAGUCUUACCGAGAAAUAAAACUGGAUCUGUUGUUAAGCAAGCCGAAAGAAAAGGAAAGAUGACCUCCAUGUACAGCAGCCUUCAUGAUAAUUACGUGUCAAGCAAAGGGAGGUCGACCAGCUGUGUUGCAUUAGUCGUGGUUUUGGGCUGUCUGACCGUCCUGGGUAUUGUUCUUGCCAUCGCUGUGUUAGAGAGACCACCGCCUCCCAAAGAUCACGAGACUCUUCCAGGGGACGUGGGUGAACGUAACGUCUUCACUGACCAGUGCAGUAUGGCCCUCGUGGAAAGCAUUCCUCAGCAUUUAGAGUAUAAAUCCAAUGCAACGUUUGGGAUCCCACUGGACCAAGUCUGGAAAGACCUUAUCUCCAUGGCAACGGAGCAGGUUGAGGUCGCCUCUUUUUACUGGACACUAACAGGGGAAGACAUCAACAUUAAUUCUUCCUCGGACAUUUCUGGAAGGGACAUCCUGAAAGGACUUGAGGAGCUGCCCUCCAGGAAUGUCACCGUCCGUGUGGUGACCAGUGUUCCAACCGUCAGGACUAACUCCACUGAUUUAAACAUCUUAAAACAAAAAGGAGUUCAGGUGAGGAGGGUAAACUUUGGGCACCUGACAAAAGGCGUUCUCCAUAGCAAGUUCUGGAUCGUUGACAGAAAGCAUGUGUUUAUUGGAAGUGCUAAUAUGGACUGGAGAGCUCUAACACAGGUGAAGGAACUGGGGGUGGUGGUCUACAACUGCUCUAGUCUUGCAAAGGACCUCCAUAAAAUCUUCCUGUCCUACUGGGAGAUGGGACACCCCAACAGUUCCCUGCCACAGCCCUGGCCUGCAAAGUUUGACACUACCAUCAAUAAACAUCACCCCCUGCUGGUGAAAGCAGACAACACCUCCAGCAGUUUGUAUCUUGCUGGUUCCCCACCAUCUUUCUGCCCUCCAUCAAGGACUCAAGACCUGGAGGCGAUUCUUUCCAGCAUCUCAGAGGCUGAGCAUUUUGUGGAUGUAGCCGUAAUGGAGUACUCGCCCACAACAUGCUUUGACAAACCACAGAGAUACUGGCCUUUCAUUGAUGAUGCCAUAAGGACGGCUGCAUUCGAGAAGAUGGUCAAGAUCAGGAUGUUAAUCAGCUGUGGGCGAGACUCAGAUCCAGCCAUGCUUCCUUUUCUUCUGUCUUUGGCCUCAAUCGCUUCUCCUCAUCAUAAUAUCGACAUCCAAAUAAAACUCUACAUCAUCCCUGUGGGAAAUCAGUCCAAUAUUCCAUUUUCCAGAGUCAACCAUAAUAAAUAUAUGGUUACUGAUAAAGUAGCCUACAUUGGUACCUCCAACUGGUCAGGGGACUACUUUCUGACCACAGCUGGUGUGAGUCUGGUGGUUUCCCAGCACACUUCUCACCCUGCUUGGGGGACUAAGACCCUGCAUAGUCAGUUGAAGGAGGUCUUUGACAGAGACUGGACGUCAGAGUUCGCUGUGAAUCUGGCUAACCUCGGACACAACCCAGACUGUGCACUAUCAAGAUGACUGAAGCUUUAAUAAAAGAGUUAGAAAUAAAUCUGUUUUAUUAUCAAAACUGCAUUUCAAACAUAUCUGUGUCUAAUAAUAUAUUUUUUACAAUAAGUAAUAAAUGCUAUUUUCUUAAUUAA